ACCGCACAGUUUUUAGUCGUCGUCGGUCGUGUUCCGAGUCGUCUAUCUCCUUCUCUCUGUCCACGUCUUCACUUAAAAUCAAUUAUAUUAUGCCGGAAGCGACUCACGUCUCCAGACUGGCUCACACCUGUCCCAACCAACACAGAUGCCUGCAGAAGGUCUGCAUGGAGCAAACACAGAACCAGGACACUUUUCUGUUCACAUCAGAGUCUGUCGGGGAAGGACACCCUGACAAGAUGUGCGAUCAGAUAAGUGACGCCAUAUUGGACGCUCAUUUGAAGCAGGACCCGGAUGCCAGAGUGGCUUGUGAAACGGUAACCAAGACGGGGAUGGUGUUAUUGUGUGGUGAGAUCACAUCUAAGGCGGUUGUUGACUACCAACAAAUAGUCAGAGACACAGUCAAACACAUCGGCUACGACAACUCCACAAAAGGGUUUGACUACAGGACUUGCAACGUGCUUGUAGCAUUGGAACAACAAUCACCUAAUAUUGCCAGUGGCGUCCAUGUGGACAGAGAGGAGGAUGAUAUAGGAGCAGGUGAUCAGGGCCUGAUGUUCGGAUAUGCUACAGACGAGACCGAGGAGUGUAUGCCUCUUACUGUAGUUCUGUCUCACAAACUCAACGAGAAGAUCGCAGAACUGAGGAGAAACGGGGAGUUCCCUUGGGCCAGGCCGGACACUAAAACACAGAUUACCUGUGAAUACCGUUUCGACCAAGGAGCCUGCAUCCCCUUGAGGGUUCAUACCGUCGUAAUCUCGGUACAACACUCCGAGGACAUCACCUUGGACCAGCUACGACAACAGGUCAAAGAGAGGGUCGUCCAGGAAGUGAUACCUGCAAGGUUCCUCGACCAAAACACCAAGAUACACGUCAACCCGUGCGGGGAGUUCAUUGUGGGGGGACCUCAGGGAGACGCUGGGCUGACAGGUCGGAAGAUCAUAGUGGACACCUACGGAGGCUGGGGAGCACACGGCGGAGGAGCAUUCUCAGGGAAAGACUUCACCAAAGUAGACCGCAGCGCCGCAUACGCAGCCAGAUGGGUAGCUAAGUCUCUAGUAGCCGCCGGACACUGUAGGAGAUGUCUGGUACAGGUGUCAUACGCCAUUGGUGUUGCGGAACCGAUCUCUAUCACCGUGUUCGACUAUGGAACAUCGAGCAAAUCUCAGAAGGAACUUCUGGCCAUCGUCAACAACAACUUUGAUCUGAGGCCUGGCAAAAUUGUGAGGGAUUUGAACCUACGUAAUCCCGUAUACCAGAAGACAAGUACGUAUGGUCAUUUUGGGCGUGCAAUCUUCCCAUGGGAACAACCAAAGCAACUGAAAGAAGAUUUGAAAUAAUCCUGUAAUGUUGAAUCCACUAUCUGCAAAAGCUUGUUUACUCUAUUCAUUAUUUUAUUCAUUUUAUUCAUUAUUUUGCCUCCUGAACUGUUAUUCAAAGUAUUAUCUAGGUUACGUACCUUAUACAGUCAAAACAGUUCUGAUACAGUCACUAAAGGACGAUGCGCAUUUCAGAGCUUUUAAGCUCUAUCUUCAGGUCCGUGGAUACAUUUGUCAAUUAUUCAUCUUGCAGAUUCGUCAAAAUAUUUAAAACAUUAAAACACAUAACACAAACACAUAAUUCAUUACGUUUAUACAGGUACUGUACAUGUGCCGGCCGGCUAUAGAUCCCGACUCUAACUACCUGUUUCAAUACGCUUUGUAAUUCUACAGUUUUAAGUCUAAUGUAUCCUCUUAUUUUUUAUUAACAUUUGUAGGCCUAUAUACUUUUUAAGGACACGUGUUUUUAUAUUUACGAUGGUGUAUACAAUUUAGUUGUUUCAUGUCGUAAAACUUUGCUUAAUUUAAUUUUAUUAUUGUAUGUGAAUGCAUUUUGCGAUAAAUUUAAAAUAUGUCAAAUAAAUUAUGAAAAUUUGUA